UGAACUAUUCAAUGUAGUAGGGCUCAAGAGAUUCUUUGCUCGCUUUCCCCACUCUCUUUCUCUCUCUCUCUCUCUCUCUCUGCUUCUUCUACUUGAGAAGAAGAAACCGAAACCUUAAACCAUAAGAAAAGCCAUGGCAGCAGCAGAAGCUCCCAGAUCUUCAAGUGGGUCUGCUGAUUCGUAUCUCGGUAGCUUGAUUAGCUUGACUUCCAAGUCCGAAAUUCGCUAUGAAGGCGUUCUCUUUGACAUCAAUACCGAGGAGUCCAGCAUCGGCUUGAGAAAUGUGAGAUCAUUUGGAACGGAAGGGCGAAAAAAGGAUGGUUCGCAAGUUCUUCCAAGUGAUAGAAUUUAUGAGUACAUCCUCUUCCGAGGAAGUGACAUCAAGGAUUUGCAGGUCAAAUCUUCCCCACCGGUUCAGACAACACCUAUGCACUAUGAUCCUGCAAUUAUACAGUCUCAUUAUCCUCAAGCAGCAACUGCAUCUACAAAUGUACGUCCUGGUCCUGGUUCUAUUCCAGAUCUUGGUGCCCAUACUUCGCAAAUGGGCCUACCUGGGCCAAUACUUCAAGCAAGUCUUCCCUUAUAUCAACCCAGCGGAAGUUUAGGGUCAUGGGGUUCAUCACCUCCGCCUCCAACCACAAAUGUCAAUGGGCUUGCUAUGCCAAUGUAUUGGCAAGGAUAUUAUGGGGCGCCUGGUUUCCUAGCCCAACAGCAGUCUUUACUUCGACCCCCACCUGGCUUGUCAAUGCCACCUUCCAUGCAGCAGACUCUGCAAUAUCCCACUACAAGUGCAUCUUUACCUUCCGGAUCUUCUAAUUUGCCAACUUCACCUUUGUUAGAUUCAGCCUCUCCUUUGUUGCCACCCUUUAGCCUUGGCACUCUGAAUCCACAAUCUUCUUUACUUCCUGCCCAGUCUUCUGCAAUUGUUCCAGACUCAUCAACAACUUUGAUUACGAACAAGGCUUCUGCACAAUCUCGUUCUACUGCAACUUUGAGCACCAGCUUGCCAUUUGUAUCUCCAUUGACUACUGGUUUGGAUAAAGCUGCCAUUUCAUCAUUAGUCUCUGACAAGCCUAAAGUCCCUAGUCCUGUGAUGCCAUUUACAAGUAUGUCUGAAUCUGUAACCCCCAUUGCUGGGACACCAAGUUCAAUACUGAAUGAGGGAGCAACACCAUCUUUGGUAACCCCAGGCCAGCUUUUGCAGCCUGGACCAGGAUCUUCCUCCCAGCCUUCACAAACGGCUCAGAGAGACGUUCAGGUGGUGCAAGUUUCUUCAUCAGAAUUAUCACCAUCAAUAGCAGCAACAGAAGCACAAGAACCUAUAUUGCCUCUGCCUUCGCCAUCUGACCAUAAGCUACAUGGAGCUCCUACACAUUAUCAUAGUAAUAGAGGAGGACGUGGAAGAGGAAACGGGAUUGCACGCCCUGUGAACAGUUUCACAGAAGAGUUUGAUUUUAUAGCAAUGAAUGAGAAAUUCAACAAGGAUGAAGUUUGGGGUGAUCUUGGUAAAAGUAAUAGAACUCAAGAAGAUGAAGAUAAUUCCCAAGAUGAAGUCGAUGGUGGAGUAUCAAGCCAUGAGACCAAGCCUGUUUAUGUUAAGGAUGACUUUUUUGAUUCCCUGUCUUGUGAUGCUCUCGAUCGUGAGUCACGAAAUGGGAGGACCAAGUUUUCUGAACAAUUGAGAAAAGAUUCCGAGACAUUUGGCUAUUUGCCAAGGCCCUGGGGUGGUCGCGGAGGUCGUGGACCUGGUCGAGGUGGCCGAUCACGCGGUGGUUAUUAUGGAAGGGGCUAUGGCUAUUUUGGGAGGGGUCGCGGAAAUGGCUAUCAAAGCCGUGCCGCCUGGUAAGCACCGGCUUUUUGGUGGAUCAUUUAGGUCUAACCCAAAGCCAAUUAGAGUGCACAUCAAGCCAGAGAGGCCUAAGAAAGGAAUAUGCGUGUACUAUUUGUGCUGCUUACAUCCUUGAGAUAAUGCUCAAAAUAAGUAGACCCUGAGACAAAGAAGGGAUUUGUAUUGCAACGUGAGCUAAGCAUAUUCAUGACUUAUGCAAAAUCAAUCGGAGUUGUUAAGGCAUUUUCGCCCUUUAUCCAA